CACGUCAUCUCAGGAAAUGGCCACCAAGAAGGCGGCUGAAUCGACGCUCUACCAUCUCAGCCCCAAGGGAUUUUGGAAGAAAUUUCGUGAUGCGGUGGUUGUGAAUCCCGAAAUAUCCACCGGUCUGCCCUUGUCCGAACUCAACCGAUACCCUCCACCAGCAUCCAGGCCAGAGAAAUACUCAAGCCCGGCUAGCAGAGCCUCUGACAUUGCUGAGAACCCAUACUGGAAGCGGGAUGUCCGACGUGCAUAUCCCCAGCUGUCGGUCAUGACACAGACAGAGCUUUCCACGCUGCUCAUCGAGCACUCUACUCCACAAGCCGUUGCAGCACCCGUCGAGGGCGAGCAGGCUGUAGCAGCACCAAAGCCCGCCAUGGACCUUUCUACGGCCAUUGCGAUGAUUACAGCGACGAAGAGGGUUUUCUCAGAGUCUAACCUGCCUCCCAGCCUUCCUAUUCCUCACAAACGUUGGAGGCCAGUGCGGUCGCCUGAUGCCCCCCACCCGCCGUAUUCCUAUUUCCCAAUGUUAUUGUACAAAUAGAUGGCUGCUAUAUGUAGCUGGUAGGCAUGCAAUACAAUAAUUACCGAAGAAAAGGCA